AUGGCGUUAAUCUCCUUCCUUCUUUCAGUCACUAUCACAACAAAAGUUCAUGCAAGAGUCCUCGAUGAACAUCUUGCUCUUAAUGAUACCAAACUCUUUUCAUUAAACUCCAACAGUGGCGGUGGUAGUGGCCAUGGCUUUGGGGUUGGAGUUAGCCGACAUGGGUCCGAGAUUGACAUUGGAAUCGGUGGAGGUGCUGGUGGAGGCAUUGGGACUACAAAAGGUGGAAAUUUGAGCAUCGGAGGAGGGGUUGGCGUUGGAGUUGGCAUUGACAUUAGAAGACAUGGGGUCGAUGUCGGCAUCGGAGUGGGUGGUGGUGGCAUGGUUAAUGCAAAGAAUGUGAGUGUUAGCGCCAGUGGUGGGGCUGGUGUUGGUGUUAGUAUAGAUCAUGAUGGCAUGCAUGUGAGCACCGCUAGAGGUGGUGGUGAUGGUGUAGGGGACGGGAUUGGAGUCGGAAGAGCUGGAGAAGCAGUGGGCCAUGGCGUGGGAUAUGGAAGUGCUAAUAGUGGCAGUGGAUUUGGAAGUGGUGGAGGGGGUGGAUCUGUCGAAGUUUCUAAUGGCAAUGGGAAUAGUAAUGGCAACGACUAA